AUGCGGCCUGCUCGUCAAGCAUUGAGCCUUGCUCGUUCUUUGUCGCGAGCUCAGCGUAGAGCUCUGCACCAGACGAAGGUCCGGUAUGCUAUCACCAACCUGGAGAUGCCAGCCAUGUCACCGACUAUGACAGAAGGCGGCAUUUCCUCAUGGAAGAAGAGGGAAGGCGAGUCUUUCUCCGCGGGAGACGUCCUACUGGAAAUUGAAACAGACAAGGCAACCAUUGAUGUUGAGGCACAGGAAGAUGGUAUCUUGGGUAAAAUUAUCGCCCAAGACGGUAGCAAGAACGUCCAAGUUGGUAAAGUUAUUGCACUCCUUGCUGAGGAAGGAGAUGAUAUCUCGAACCUCGAGGCACCCAAGGAGGAGUCCAAGCCAGCACCUUCUCCCCAACCCGAGACUCAGGCAGCUGCACCCCCACCUCCGGCACCGGCACCUCAACCUACGGCUUCCAAAGUGUCGCACCACCCAAAGCACUCGAAGCACUUACUGCCAUCAGUGAUACGCCUCUUGAUUGAGGGCAACGUUGCUGAUGCAGAAGCUAUCCCGGGCACAGGUGUUCGCGGCAUGCUUACGAAGGGCGAUGUACUUGCAUACCUGGGGAAAGCGUCGAGUCCAACAGGAACAUUCAAGGAAGCGAAGAAAGAGGUUUCAGAGCCGAAAAGGGUUGAAGAAGUUAAGCCAUUGGACGGUGCUGCCAUCCGCCAACUUAUCGUCUCUGGCCUGGCCGCCAAAAUGAAGCUUGCACCUACACCUACAACACCAGCAACCUUUGAUGACAUUAUCGCCGACUACCUUCCUCCUUCACCCUCUUCACCGAAGGCUGCGCCAAUACCCAUCUCAUCAAUGAAGGUACAAGACAGCUCUGCCAAGUACUUCGAUGGGUUACUCUAA